AUGAUCAAAGGUAAAGAUGUAUACAAUAUUCUUGAGAGUAUUAUGCCCCUAUAUGUAGCCAUGAUAUUAGGCUAUGGGUCAAUUAAAUGGUGGAAAAUCUUUACACCAGAUCAAUGUGCUGGUAUAAACCGUUUUGUGGCAAUGUUUGCAGUUCCUACACUUUCUUUUAUUUACAUAUACCCAAUUAACCCUUAUCAUAUGAAUUGGAGGUUAAUACUAGCUGACACACUUCAAAAAGUUGUGACAUUGGCUUGUCUAGCUCUAUGGAACAUUUUCACAAAACGUGGUGGUUUAGAUUGGAGUAUAACUCUUUUCUCACUUACCAAUUUACCAAACACACUUGUUGUUGGGAUCCCUCUUUUGAAUGCAAUGUAUGGAGAAUUUACAAAACCACUUUUGACCCAAAUUUUGGUUUUGCAAGGUGUUGUAUGGUAUACUAUUUUGUUGUUGAUGUAUGAAUAUAGAGCUGCUAAGCUUUUUAUUUCUCAACAAUUUGUUGACACUAAUGAAGGGUCCCACAAGAUUGAAAUUGAAUCAUCACUUGAUGAUGUAGAAUUGAGAGAAAUUGGUAAUAACCUAAGUGUCAAGUCUCAUUCAACACCUAGAGUGCCAAAUCUUACUAGGGUUGAGGUACAUUCAAGCUACACAAAUAGUCCCCAAAGUAAUGGUUUUGAAGACAAUAUAUUCAACAUUCAUUGGACAAGAUUUAAGAAGAGUAGGAGUUUGACCAAUGUGAGUGCAUUUAUGAAGAGCAAGAGUUGCACUACUAUGGGUGCUAGGGUUUCUCCUUACCCAAUUCUAAAAUCAACUUUUUCAGAAAAAAUCAUUGAUGACCAAAGAAAGUUCAAUUUCAGUGAUGGCUUAGACAUGCCACAAGAAAUUGAAGCUUCAAAAGGUGUUCAUGAAUUGAUUGGCAGAAGUACUUCUAGUGGUAAAGUAAGUGGAGACAAUGAUCAUGAGAGUGAGGAGAGGAAGAAGGAGCUGGUGGAGAUUAAAGAAAAUGUUACCAAUGAACAUCAAAUGCAACCUGGUCAUGGCACGAUGACAAAGCUCAUUCUUUUUAGGGUUUGGAAGAAGCUAUCAGUAAAUCCUAAUCUCUAUGCUUCAGUUCUUGGCAUUGUAUGGGCUCUCAUAUCAGCUAGGUGGAAUAUCAAAAUGCCUUCAAUCAUACAUGACUCGAUUACAAUAAUAUCUCAUACUGGACUAGGAAUGUCCAUGUUUAGUCUAGGAAUAUUCAUGGCAUUACAACCUAAGAUCAUUGCUUGUGGAAAAACUCAAGCAACAAUUUCUAUGGUACUUAAGUUCUUGGUUGGUCCUGCAUCAUUUGGUGCAACCUCUGCUGCCGUUGGUAUUCGUGGAGUUGUUUUUAAAGUAGGAAUUAUUCAGGCUGCUCUUCCACAAGGUAUCGUUCCAUUUGUAUUCGCCAAAGAGUACAAUCUCCAUGCCGAAAUAUUUAACACAGCGGUUUCUCUUGGAUUGGCAAUUGCGUUUCCUGUAGCAAUACUAUACUAUGUUCUACUUGAGCUUAACAAAUCUUUUUAA